AUGCACCACACCUUCCCAGACCUCGACGCGGUGGGAGUCAAGGCUGACCCUGAGACAUCCAACAAGCUUGGCCGAAAAGUCGCGAAACUGCUUAGGCAGGCCCAAAUAGGCUUCCCUGGGGCUGCUCCGCUGAGCUUCUCGUCCCGACACCUGGCAGAGCUGCAGCGAGAAGACUACUAUGUCUGUGAGAAGACCGAUGGCAUUCGGUGCUUGAUGUAUUUUGACUCAGAACUCCCUGAGGCCCAUUACCUGAUCGACCGCAAAAACGACUACCGCUAUGUACCAAGGCUGCAAUUCCCAAAGCCAGGCGAUAACAAGUUCCUGUCUUUUCAUGUUGAUACGGUGAUAGAUGGUGAGCUUGUCAUCGACACCUACGAAGAUGGCUCCCAGCAGCUGAAGUACCUUGUGUUCGACUGCCUUGCAUUAGACGGACAUAAUGUGAUGGACCAUACGUUCGAUAAGCGUUUGGCUUACUUCAUGACGGAGAUCCUUAAGCCCCAUAAUGAUAUGCUCCGGAUGUUCCCCGAAAAUAAGGAGCACCGGCCAUUUCUCAUUGAGGCCAAACCCAUGCACUUCAGCUAUAAUAUCGAAAUGAUGUUUCGUGAAAUCAUCCCAGAGGCUAAACGUCUGCAUGGGAAUGAUGGCCUUAUCUUCACAUGUCGCGCGACACCCUAUUAUAUCGGUCUGGAUGAGCAUAUCCUGAAGUGGAAACAUGCUUCAGAUAAUACGGUCGACUUUCGCCUGAAUCUACAGUUCCCUGGUAAGCCAGAUUCCAAAGAAGAAGCCAGUCGGGUUACGGAACCAGGUCGCAAUGACGACGCUAUCCCGAUUUGUCAUUUAUCUGUCAUGCUCUCUCCGGGAAAUUACCGGCCCUUCGGUGAGAUGUACGUCACUCAGAUGGAGUGGGACAAUCUACGAGCGAUGGACACUCCCCUGGAUAAUGCCGUAGUCGAAUGUCACAAAGACGAUCAGGCUCGCUGGAGAUUCUACCGGCUUCGUAAGGACAAGGCGGAUGGCAACCCCAUCACUGUUGUCGAGAAAACAAUCAAGAGCAUGGACGACUGCAUCACUGAGGAAGACCUGAUCCACGCCGCUCCAGCUAUCGAGGCCGCUUGGAAGAGGCGUCAGGAUACCAUAGCCCCUGCUAAUGGGAGCGCUAGUAUCGAGCCUUCACCAUUUAGCCAACUGUGA